AUGAAGAAGUCUAAUAGCUUUUGUUGUCAUUGUUUGAUUAUGGUUUUCUUUACUUGUUUUCUUCCUGCAAGCUCUCAACUAACUUCAGAUUUUUACAAAACGACAUGUCCAAAUCUUCUUCGUAUUGUCCGGGGAGAGGUGCAAAAAGCUAUCAAGGCUGAAACGCGAAUGGCUGCUUCUUUGCUUCGGCUUCACUUCCAUGAUUGCUUUGUAAAUGGUUGCGAUGCAUCGAUACUUUUGGACGGAAGCGAUGGUGAGAAGUUCGCCUUUCCUAACGUGAACUCGGCUAGAGGAUUUGAAGUUGUGGAUCAAAUCAAAAGCUCAGUGGAGAGUGCAUGCAGUGGUGUUGUAUCUUGUGCUGAUAUACUAGCCAUUGCUGCUCGAGAUUCUGUGCUCUUAAGUGGAGGAAAGACAUGGCCGGUUGUAUUGGGUAGAAGAGAUGGACUAGUGUCGAACCAAACUGGAGCAAACAGUGCGCUUCCUGGUCCAACCGAGACACUAGGCAAUAUCACUGCCAAGUUUGCGAAUGUUGGCCUCAAUAUCACAGAUGUGGUGUCCUUAUCAGGAGGACAUACAAUUGGACAAGCAAGGUGCAUCACCUUCAGCAAUAGGUUGUCUCCUGCAGACAGUACAAUGGAUGCAAGCAUGAUGUCCGAAUUGCAAACUUUGUGCAAUUCGAGUAGUGAUGGAAACAAGACAGCACCCUUUGACAGAAACUCAGUCGAUGCAUUCGACAACCAUUACUUUCAGAACUUGCUCAGUGCGAAGGGGCUUCUUAGUUCCGAUCAAAUUCUGUUCUCUAGUGAUGGGGCCACUACGACAACCAAAAGUUUGGUCCAAAGCUAUAGCAAUAAUUUUGAUCUUUUCAUGGCUGACUUUGCCAAUUCCAUGAUCAAGAUGGGGAAUAUAAGUCCACUCACUGGCUCAAGCGGAGAGAUCCGCAAGAACUGCAGGGUAGUGAAUUCAUAA